AUGGCGGACGGCACUUCUCUCCGAGAUGUAACCAUGGGUGACAUUACGGACGACAGUCCCAAGGCCAAAAUUGCCGCGAAGAAUGAGCCCGCCACAGGCGGUCACAGCCUCCGCAAUGAUGUUUCCAGAAUGGAAGCAAUCGCCGCCACCUUACGCCCAAGGCCUUUACCUGUCAUACCUCCUGCAUCCACGGUCGAGACUACGCCUGCAGAAGGGCCAAGACUAGCCGUCUUUGACUACUUUGGUAGUACAAUGGUCGACUUCAUCGUCGGCCCCCAGGGAAGAAAAAUCUCGAUUCAUGCAAACGUUCUACUUGCCAACCCGGAUUGCGCCUGCUUUCGAGAGACGCUCCAGCGUCAAAAGAAUGGCCACGGAGCUAAAAAGCUCCGACUAAUGGACCAUCCUGAUGUCGUCGGUCUCAUGACACAAUUCCUUUACACUGGCAAAGUCCCUUUCAUCCCUCGAAGACUGCUCCAAAAGCACUGCGCCCCAGCCGCACGUCACUCUAUCACAAUGCUGUCGCACACAAUUGUCAAAAAUGACAGCGUUCGUGUGGGAAAUGUGACCCCAGCGGCCGUUUCUCCCGAGAAGUUCCAAACGAUGUCUUGGAGCAUAAGCACAUCUGCCGAGGAGAUAAGACUUCGGGAUUACGGCAACUAUGGGCUGCAGAUGAGUCAGAAAAGCGCAGCAGCGACCGCACCGACAGCCGACAACGCCGAGGGAAGAAGUCAAACAGUCAGAUAUUGGCGCGAAUGUGUUCAGCCUCAUCUCCAGAAUGUGGAGAAAAUCCCGGCUUUCGGCAUGUCGACACUUCGUGUGGAGGCCGAGUUCUACCAAUCGAAGCUUGUCCAACUGAUGCUCUUCGCAGACAGAUACGACAUGGCAUGGCUGUUUCAUGACACGCUCGCAUCGUACUGCAAGGGAGAAGCGCUGUUCCAACGCGACCGCCCUGUGGAGCGACAUGUCGAGCUAGCCUACCGAUGCGAGACGUUCCGUUUGCUCCCAGAGCUCAUGGUGGAAUAUGGACGUUUCUGUGCUGGGAGGCGAGCUAGCGACAUUGACAUCAUGUUUCGCGGAUAUCUUCCGGACUUCGUUGCAGAUGUCAAGCUCAAGACGACAGAAGGGAACCCCAUUCCGCCCAUCAUCGGCCGGUUUUUGAGAAUGCAGAUCUGA